UUUGUGUGUUCUGUUUGCCCUCAAAGUUUUUAUUAGCAUGGAUGGUAAGUUUCCCAAGUUGGAAACCUUCAUAGCAAAGCAAUUGCCAUCUUAUUUUCCAAGAAUGGCAAGUGAUAUUGGAUCAAAUUUGUUUGGUGAUCCAGCCAUUUGGUGUGGCAGUGGAUCAAAAUCAUCACUGUCACCAGAGUCUAGUAGUUCUUCAACAGAGGAGUUUUCUUCUUCUGGUUCCAAUUUGAUUGACAACAUGCCUGGAUUGACCAAAAGUCCAUUUGUUCCUGUAAAUUUCUUGGAAACAUUUCCUCAGCUGAGUAGAGUUCAAGUUUCUGAUCAACCACCUACUUCUCCAACUUCCUUGUCAUCAAACAGGUCAAAAUUUCCAAACUUAAAUUUGUUUUUGCAGGAGCCAAAUAUGUUAGAUCCCUCAUCAUCAUCAUCAUCUUCGUCGUCCACACAAGUUGAAGUUGUAGACUCACUUGGCAAGACCAAAGGGUGUGAUGAGCCUAGUAUGUUCCCCUAUUUAUCAAUCCCUUCAUUUCCUACUCCUCAAGUAAUCGACCAAAUUCAGCGUCAACCGGGCAUGAUUGAGUGGCUUAAAUUGAAUCAAAAUUUAGCAAGCCAUUCAUCUAAAGGCUUCAAUGAUUACUGGCUAAGCACGACGAAGACGCAGCCAAUGAAACGCACUGGAAGGUCAUCAAGAUUGCAGCAGCAGAUCAACCAACACCACAAGCAGCCUCAUAACAAUUUGUCAUCAGCAUCAUCAUCACCAGGGAAGCUAUUUAGAGGAGUUAGGCAAAGGCAUUGGGGGAAAUGGGUGGCUGAGAUUCGAUUACCAAGAAACCGAACAAGAGUCUGGUUGGGGACUUUUGACACAGCUGAGGAGGCUGCCAUUGCAUAUGACACAGCCGCCUACAUGUUGCGUGGGGAGCAUGCCCAUUUGAAUUUCCCAGAUUUGAAGCAUCAACUUAAGGCCAAUGCUUUGAAAGGAAACACAGCUGCUCUGCUUGAAGCAAAGUUACAAGCAAUAUCUUCAUCACAAGCACAUCAGAAGGCUAUCAUGGAGUCCAAAUCAUCUCAAUUAGCAUCACCAAACAAGUACUCAAAUCUCAUGAUCAAUAGUAAUUUCAGCCAAAACCCAACAAGAAAAGAGUGGCAGUUUGGAUUGGAGAGCAAAGUUGGAUCUGAUCAUCAGGUGGUAAUUGAAAGCAAGAAAAGCCAGCAGGAGUUAGUAUCAGCAGAUGUGGAUGCUGUUCAGCUAAGUAGAAUGCCCUCUCUGGACAUGGACAUGAUAUGGGAUGCUCUUCUGGUUUCUGAUUCAUAACCUUUCCUUGUUUUUUUCUUUCGUUUCAAAAAAUGAUAUGUGAUACCGAGACCACGAUUUCACUGAUUAAAUUGAUGCCGUGUUGAAUAAAUUUUUUUUUUUUUUUU